CCAGCGACACAUGGGACAGUAUAUAAGGGCCAAGGAUGAGUUGCUGUGGGAGAGUGGGAAAGUAAGUGAUCUUAUUUAACAAGAAGGAGAAAAAACAUAGGAAAAAGAGAGAGAACGGACAAAGAAAAGACAAAAGAGCUGUGUGUAUAAUUUCGUCUUUAAGUCCCUGGAAGACUCCCAGAGCAGCCGCAAGAAGAAGAAUCAGCUCUCUCCGCCUUCCUCUUCCCUCCAUAUACUCUCCUCCUCUGCCUUACCCAGCACUCUCAGCCAUCCAUGAGUGUGACCAACUCCUCUGCGUAUCGAUCGGAGCGUAGUUUCCACCAGACUUCAUCCUCAUCCUCGUCCUCGUCCUCUGGUAACCCAUACAUGGAAAAGAGCCGAGGAUUGUUCUCUGAGGACUUUGGCUCCUUCAUGAGGCCUGGGAGCGACGCCUUGGGGUUUUCCAGUGGAGCUGGAAAUAUCAAAGCCCUGGGGGAUUCCUACCAGUUCACAGUUGACGUGCGAGACUUCUCUCCUGAAGACGUCAUCGUCACCACAUCCAACAACCAAAUUGAAGUUCAUGCAGAAAAGUUGGCCCAGGAUGGUUCAGUGAUGAACACUUUCACACACAAGUGCCAACUACCUGAGGAUGUGGACCCCACUUCAGUGACAUCAUCACUGGGUGCAGAGGGGACCCUAACAGUCAAGGCACGGCGACAACCGGCCAAACAUGAGCUCGUACAGACCUUCCGCACGGAGAUCAAGAUCUAGAGGGGGACCUACUUUCUCAUCACAAACCUUUUGUGUUUCUAUGCUACGUGCUCUAUUUCUUGUCUUCAUUUAAACCAUUCUUCUUUAAACACUUAGAGAACCGGCACUGCGUUCUAUAAAAGAUGCCACAUUCUCACUCCAUGAUUAUAACAAGGCCUGUAUAUUCUGAGUUAGUUCACCACACACUGUAGCAACAGGGUUAUACCUGCACAUAAAGCACUGAGACACAGGGGCUUUGACAAAGGCACACACAAACAAACAAGCACACACAAUUGAUUGAUCACUUCACUACUUCACUUCUAUCCUCUAACACAGGUCUGAUAAUGUACCCCUUAAAAUGAUGGUUGGCUCGUCAAAAAUAACUUAUUGUAUAUUAUUAUUUGUGUGAAUAAAAUAAUCCUGCUUUGACAAUAAACACCUGUACAUGUGUAAGCCUUCUGACUGAGGUAUGGCGUGAAAUAUUGUAUUUAUUUAAGGUACGGGCCUGGAGUUUGGGAAGACAGGUGGUUUAAUAAGCUUUUUCACUGUCUAUCACUGUCUAUUUAACAUGCAGAUGAAUCAAUAAACCAUUUAAAAAU